AUCUCGCUCUCUCUCCCUCUCUCUCUCUCUCUCUCUCUCUCCAUUCGCUGUUUAUGUGACCAAGGUCCAUCACUUGACUGUCGGCAUUCUCUUCUUCUGGGAGCCAUGGCCAGACCACCAUUGGUUCUCUGCCUCUCUCUGCUGGCCUUGGCUUUGGUGAGUGUUUCCACUGCCAGCCCAAGGAAAGUGGUGGGGUUUUAUGAGCUCAAGAAGGGGGAUUUCUCUGUGAAGGUCACCAACUGGGGUGCCACCAUUGUCUCUAUUGUUCUUCCUGACUCAAAAGGGAAUCUGGCUGAUGUUGUUCUUGGUUUUGAUGGACUUGGCCCAUAUAUUAACAAUAGUGCUUAUUUUGGAGCAUUGGUUGGGCGUGUCGGUAACAGAAUAUCCGGAGCACGAUUCGUUCUAAAUGGGAAGGCAUAUAGAUUAUAUGCUAAUGACGGAAACAACUCACUUCAUGGUGGGCACAGAGGUUUCAGUCAUGUCAUUUGGACUGUAAAAGAGAAGGUAGAUGGUGAAUUUCCCUACAUAACAUUAUACUAUCAUAGUUUUGAUGGGGAACAAGGUUUUCCUGGCGAUCUAGAUGUCUUUGUGACCUAUAAGAUUUCGGGGGCCUAUGAAUUGAGUGUGACCAUGGAUGCAAAGUCUGUGAACAAGGCCACCCCUGUGAACCUGUUGCAGCACACCUAUUGGAACCUUGGUGGCCAUAACAGUGGCACAAUUCUAUCCAACACAGUCCAGAUCUUUGCAUCUCAUGUCACACCAAGUGAUAGCCAUCUCAUCCCAACUGGCGAGAUCGUAUCAGUUUCUGGGACCCCAUAUGACUUCCUUAAGCCCAUGAUUGUUGGGAGCCGCAUCAACGAGCUAACAGGGGGAUAUGACAUUAACUAUGUUCUCGAUUUACCGAUGGACAGUCAUGGGAUGAGGAAGGUGGCGGUCGUGAAGGAUGGUGGCUCGGGGAGGGCGUUCGAGCUGUGGUCGAACCAGCCAGGGGUACAAUUUUACACUAGCAACUCUUUGAAGGAUGUCAAGGGAAAGGGUGGUUUUGUUUAUGGUCAGCAUGCUGCUCUGUGCCUUGAGACACAAGGGUUUCCAGAUGGUGUGAACCAUCCCAACUUUCCAUCCCAGAUUGUGAAUCCUGGGGAGGUUUACAAACAUUACAUGCUGUUCAAGUUCUCCUACUAAUUUUCUCGAAGAAAGAAUAAAGGUUGCAUUAACAAAUGCAAGUAUUGGCAACCAAGGUCUGUUCUCUGUGUUUUACAUGAGAUAAUAAUUUCCCUUUAAUAAUGCAUAGUGCAGGUCAUGUUUGCCAUCUUAAAGCA